CUGGAAUCCAUCGUUGAUCCUUGUACACAUACCACACACUCAGACAAGAUUGUAGAGAGAGAGAGAGAGAGAGAUGGGCACUGUGGUUGUUCCAAGCUCGGCCGGAAUCUCUCCGGAAAAUCAUGAAAAUGGUGCCAUCGGUCGGCCCCCCAAAGAGCUCGACGCCGGAGAACUUUUUGUCUUGAAAUCACGAGGGUCAUGGCUGCACUGUGGGUAUCAUCUUACGACGGCGAUAGUGGCGCCGGCUCUUCUAAGCCUACCCUUUGCUUUCACCUUGUUGGGCUGGGUGGGAGGAGUUCUUUGCCUCAGUGCGGCGGGGCUGGUGACGUUCUACUCGUAUAACCUUUUGUCUCUAGUGUUGGAGCACCACGCACAGCUUGGCAAGCGUCAACUUCGUUUUCGUGACAUGGCCCAUGAUAUUUUAGGACCCGGAUGGGGACGGUACUUCGUUGGUCCACUUCAAUUAGGCAUAUGCUAUGGUGCAGUUAUUGCUUGUACACUUCUAGGAGGGCAAAGCCUAAAGUUUAUUUACUUGGUGGCCAGGCCAAAUGGGAGUAUGCAGCUGUACCAAUUUGUGGUUAUCUUCGGAGGCUUCACGCUGGUCAUGGCACAAAUGCCAUCCUUUCACUCCCUCAGACAUAUCAACCUUGUCUCCCUUGUUCUCUGUCUUUCAUAUUGUGCUUGCACCACCGCUGGCGCCAUUUACAUCGGAAAUUCCAAGAAUGCUCCUCCGAAGGACUAUUCUAUACAAAGAGAUGGUGCAAGUCGUAUGUUUGGGGUUUUCAAUGCUAUUUCAAUCAUUGCCACCACAUAUGGCAAUGGAAUUAUCCCCGAAAUACAGGCCACAAUAGCUCCUCCAAUCAAAGGCAAGAUGUUCAAAGGGCUGUUGGUGUGUUAUGCAGUUGUGUUCUCCACUUUUUUCAGCGUUGCAAUCUCUGGGUAUUGGGCAUUUGGAAAUCAGUCUCAAAGCUCAGUUCUUUCCAAUUUUAUGGUUGGUGACAAGGUUUUGGUGCCAAAAUGGUUUCUUGUAAUGACCAAUGUCUUCACUCUUGUCCAAGUAUCGGCUGUCAGUUUGGUCUACUUGCAACCAACAAAUGUAGUUAUAGAGCGCCAGUUUGCCAACCCAAAGAAGGACCAAUUUUCCAUCCGAAACGUUGUGCCACGACUAAUAUUCCGGUCACUGUCAGUAGCCGUAGCGACAACUCUGGCUGCAAUGUUGCCCUUCUUUGGAGACAUCAUGGCAUUAUUUGGGGCAUUUGGUUGCAUUCCUCUAGAUUUCAUCUUGCCCAUGGUUUUCUACAAUGUCACAUUCAAGCCAUCCAAGAGAACCUUAAUUUUUUGGGGCAACAGCCUCAUUGCCAUUGUCUCCACCGUGUUAUCGUUGAUAGGGGCAGUAGCGUCAGUGCGACAGAUGGUUCUUGAUGCCAAGACAUAUCGUUUGUUUGCUAACAUACAAUGAGAACAAAGAUCAUACUCAAUACAUAAGAAACAACAAGGGGUUUAUGUCCACAUAUAUGUAUCGGUAACUUCUAGGAAACAAUGAUAAGAAUGUAUUACGAUGUAUGUACUAUAUUUGAAGUAUUCAGCAUUUGUAAGAUCUGCACAUUGACAUUGUAACUAGCUUAACUACUGCUAGAGCUUCAAAUUUAAUUUGGUUUUCUAGUCCUAUAAA